GAAGGAGCUGUUUCACUGUGACGAAAUGUAAAACAAUUAAGCUCCCGGCUCGAGUGACCGAACAGGUGUGCGACCGAACGACCCGGCGGGGAGUGUUUGUUUUAUUCAUCGGCGUUGAAAAAAACAAAAAACACAGCCUUGCGGAGUUAUCGACUGCAGCUCACCGCCCCCUAACAACAACAAAACAACCAACAACAACAAACACACAACCCCUUGGUGUCUGCCGGCUCCGUGCGAAGGCGUCGACCUCGUCAUUGCGUUUCCACAACUAUGCGCUCGCACGUUCGGCCCCGCCCGCCGCGGUGACGUCACUAGGAGGGGCAUCCCUCUGCCGGUGUUUAUUUCAGAAGACGACGCCACACGGACCCGGCAGUCGAGUCGGAAGACGGACGGGACCAAACAUGUUCGAGGCGAGAGGAGUCGCCUUUGUCCUGCUCGACGUAGCAUGUCUCGUCCUGGGGGGUCUGCCUCUGGCGGCCUUUAACCUGGCUAAGAUCCGCCCCUACCAGAGGGGCUUUUUCUGUAGCGACGACAGCAUCAAGUACCCGUUCCACAGCGGCACAAUAAGCUCCGCCGUGCUCUACGGCGUGGGCUUGGCCCUGCCCAUUAGCUGCAUGAUAAUUGGCGAGUGCCUUUCGGUCUAUUUAAAGCGCAUCAAAUCCAAGUCCUCUUUCGGCAGCUACGUCUCCAGUGUCUACAAGGCCGUCGGCUCGUUCGUCUUCGGCGCCGCCAUGAGCCAGUCUCUGACCGACAUCGCCAAGUACUCCAUCGGCCGCCUCAGGCCGCACUUCCUGGCCGUGUGCAAACCCGACUGGGGGAAAAUCAACUGCUCGUCGGGGGCGUACGUCGAAGACUUCGCCUGCACUGGAGACCCGGACGUGGUCAACGAGGCCAGACUGUCCUUCUACUCGGGACACUCCUCUUUUUCCAUGUACUGCAUGCUCUUCCUGGCUCUGUACCUGCAGGCCCGGCUGCGGGCCGACUGGGCGAGGCUGCUGAGACCCACCAUCCAGUUUUUCCUGAUUGCUGCCACAGUGUUCACAGGAUUGUCCCGGGUGUCCGACUAUAAGCAUCACUGGAGCGACGUGCUGACUGGACUCCUGCAGGGGGCUCUCAUGGCCGUCCUGGUGGUCUUCUGCGUGUCGGACUUUUUCAAGCCGCGCGUGGUUCCCCAUAAGGACGACAUCCCGCACGCGACCCUGCAGGAGACUCCGACCAACGGAAACCACUUUGAGAGUCCCAACUAAGCAAAGAGGAGGAGGAGGAUGAAGGGGACGACACCUCUCUGCUCUGCCCAAAGGAAGCCAGCUCUCUAGCCCUUCGUCUCACACCAACAAUCCACCAACAGCUGGUUCCAAGCCGCGCACAUAUGCUGAUGUGAGCUGGACAGAUGUGGGUUAAGGGUUAGAGACUCUGGAAAGACAGAGCAUUUUAGCGCGCAUGCAUCUACUGAGCUGCUGAGAAGACGUUACUGCUGCCUGCGCCCACUAAACUGUCCAACCACUGCUGGGAGGGGAGGGAUGGGGAGGCGGGGGCCCUGAAACCUGUGAAUGUAAGCUUGCUUUGUGCUUUUCCCGACCUGGAGUCAAUCUGCUCAACGAUCGGUUUCUAGUUGCACUCCGGCACCUCAAUCUCGUAACUUGCUGCCUUUAGGUCCAGCCUCAAUUUAGGGGGAGGGAGGGAGCGAGGGGGUUAGUGUUUUGCCUCACGGCUCGAACGUGAAGCUGAUCUUCACAUCUGGAGCUGCUGUCACACCUAAUAUGGUCGAAGGGGAAGCUCCACUUUGAGAGUAGGCGGUUUUUCCUGCGCUGCCUUUACUGGACUGCUGCUAAAUACUAAACAUCAAGUGUACAGACAAUGCGCUUUUAUAUAAUCUGUGUGCAAAUAAGAAAUGUUGAAUAUAGGAAAAAGGAAAAGCCAUUUUACUUAAAAUGAACAUACGUUUGUAUUGUCAUGAUCGGUUAUAAAAUUAAAGCAUGACUUCCUCAGCCAGAUAUCAAAAUGUUAUGAACCUAGUUUCUCAUGCAAGCAAAAAAUGAUAAAAGCAUGACUUCAUGUCCCAAAAUAUUCACAGUAUAAUUCUCCUUUGAUAAUCGUGCAAAUUAUUGCAGAACAUUUUGGGUAUAAACGGAAAACUUUUUUCCCCACUCAUUUGUAAAAUACACACACACCAGGACAUUCGUUUGAGUUACUUUACUAUGACUAAUUUAAGACACUACGGCUUUGUGACAUUCGUUUGAAACAUACACACGACUUACUGGUUUGGGUAUAAAAUUAAAGUAUUUAAUCUGUA